AGAAAAAACAAACACAUGAUCGUAAUACGUGCGGACUAUGGACACUGGACUGAUUUAAGUCUCGUAUGUGGAUGUAUGGUGUCGUUAUUUUUUGGUUAGGAGUCCUUUUCACCUGCACACCACAGGGCUCAUCUAGAAGAUCAGCUAAAUAGGUCUUUGCUGUAGUCUGAUGGAUCUAUGAUCAGAGACCCUCCAGUACCAUGGCCAGUGCUGAGGAGCAGCCUGAGAAACACUGCUGGGUGUGUUUUGCCACAGAGAAGGAUGACCGCAGUGCAGAGUGGGUGAGCCCAUGCAGGUGUAAAGGCUGUACUAAAUGGAUCCACCAGACCUGUCUGCAGAGGUGGCUUGAUGAGAAGCAAAAAGGAAACAAUGGAGGAGCGGUCAGUUGUCCACAGUGUGGUACUGAAUACCAUAUUGUAUUUCCCAAGAUGGGUCCGUUGGCAUAUUUUCUGCAGCAGGUAGACAGGGCUUUGUCCAGGGCCAGUCCUUUUGCUGCUGUGGGGGUGGUGGUUGGCACUGUGUACUGGUCAGCGGUCACAUAUGGAGCUGUGACUGUUAUGCAGGUUGUUGGACAUAAGAAGGGUCUGUAUGUGAUGGAGCGGGCUGACCCUCUAUUCCUGUUAAUGGGUCUUCCCACCAUUCCUGUGGUGUUGGUGCUGGGCAAGAUGAUCCGCUGGGAAGAUUAUAUAGUUAGAAUGUGGCAGAAAUAUUCCUACAAGCGGAAAAUCCCACCAGGUUCCAACCGCUAUCUGCCCCGCAUCCCAGCUGAUGGUCAUGGAGCUGGAGAUCACCUCUCUGUGUCCCGGACUCUGUGUGGAGCUCUCAUUUUCCCCUCCAUCGCCAGUCUUGUGGGAAGGCUUCUGUUUGGAAGAGUGUCUUCCAACCUGCAGCGCACUAUACUGGGCGGGAUAGCGUUUGUGUUGAUCAAGGGAGUUUUUAAAGUGUAUUUCAAACAGCAGCAAUACAUCAUCCAGGCAAACCGGCAGAUCCUCAACUACCCAGAACAAGAUGCAAACAGGCAGAGUGAAGCUGGAGGGGAGGACACAGAGGACAGUGGAAAUGAGUAGCUCAGCAAAUGUGGAUAAAGCACAGAUAAAUAGAGGGGGUCACAGAGGGAGCUGCAAACGAUGCUAUUAAAUGACAGUUCUCAUAAACACAAUGCAGAACACAUUAAGCACUUAAACACACAUUGUUCACCAAUGAAGUUAUGGACCCCAGUGCCCAGGUAUUGACCCAUAACCCCCAGCCCAAAGUGAGAAAACAAUUACUUCUGAGCCUUAACCCAGUCUUUUUAAGGUCUUCCUGUUAUGUGCCUUAUCUGAAACAGUUUUCCCCAGCAAAACAAGCUUUAUGUAGUUAAUAAACUGUAUGCUUAAAAUAUUGGAUCAUAAUUUAAGGGUUAUACAGUUGUAAUGAGCUGAUUCUAGUCUGCAGCAGUGCCAUAAUGGUUUGUAGCCCAGUAAUUGGUCAUAGUGGGUUAUUUAACAUAUAAAUCACGUUUAUUCUAUUUUUAAUGUAAUUGAUUAAAAAUAGUGUUUGUUUGCAUCUUUUAGCUACUUUCCAGACAUUUUAAUACUUGGUUGGGCAGGAUAUUUUUUAUGAUGAGUGAUUCUCCUGCAAGUUUCUCUGAGAACACUAUCAGGUGACUUACUGUAUUAUGAACUGUGUCCAUUUGUAUUUGAUCUUAGAACUAUGUAAACACUAAUGCUAACACACACCACAGAUAGGCACAUUAAUUGCUGCACCUCUUCUUGACAGAACUUUUGAUAGUUUGAUCUAAGUACACACUUUUCAGGAGAGUGGCCAGAAAUGUGAAAUGUUCACAUAGUUUGUAGAACUAGCACACACCCAGUUCAAGGAUUUCACAGUUGUUUUGCACAGACUAAGCUUGUUGCACUUCAUCCUGUGGUGUAAAAGGAGAGUUGCUCAGCCUUGGAGAUGGAUCCUGUCCAGGGCUGUGAUAUGCACAUGGUAGCACGGGACAUUAGUACACUUUUAAGGUGAUAUUUGUUUGGUUUAAAAAGUUUAAAAAUUGCGCAACUCUAAAAUAGACUUAUUAUUGCAGGGCCUUAAUGUAAACCAUUCUCUGAGCCAGACAAAACAAGGCUUUUUGUUAAGAGAAGUGUAUUCUGGUGUGUGAACAUGUGUGAACAAGUGAACAUGCACUGUGUCUUUAAUUGCACACUGUCCUUCUGCCCUGUACUCCUAUGUUUCAUUUUAUGAUUUCUCUAAUAAAGUUUUUUCCUAAAACUAA